AAAAAUCUGAUGAGAGAAGACAGAACCCAUACACCCAAUUUUCUCUCAUUGGAGCUGAGAGCGGUUUUCCCCCCCACAAUUGUAGGAAGCACCACCCAACACAACUCCGAUCCCUCUUAAUCUUUUCCUAAAAUUGGUUUCCGCCACCGCAGCACUCGCUUUCCACUUUCUAUAUUACCCCUCUCUCUCUCUUCCAACUUCCACACCAAUAGCACACUUAAUUCUUUUACUCCUCCUCUUCCCUUUUCUUACCCCUCCUCCUCCCCGGAGGUUUUCUGCAAUGGCAGAAACCGUUGCUAACAUUUGAUAUUAAUCUGGGUGUGGGUCUUUUCCUCGGCCUUCUCACUCUUCCUCGAUUACUCAAGAAUUGAGGAUCCACACCCUGAUCAAAAACACACAAAAAAACCCCCAAAAAGAAAGAAAGAAAAGAAAAGAAAAGAAAGUCUCCAUUUUUAAAAGGGUUGUAUCCACAAGAUCAGUCAUUUCGAGAAAGUAACCCUCGCCGCUGGAAACCCACGUUAGAAUCCAUUUGUUUCGCGACAAAGUUUCGAUCUUGAAACACAAACCUCCAUUAUCACCAUCAUCACGAUGUCGAACAUGAAGAUCGUGCUUCGUUCCCCGCCUUCGAUAAACCGCCGGCAGCCGCUGCUUCGGCGAGACAGUUCGUCGUCGAGAAGCUCGGUGGUGGGGGAGGUGGUCGGCGGCACCGCGGCGGAGUGUGUGGCGGUUUGCUGCUGCUUCCCCUGCGGCCUGGCAUUCAACGUCCUCCUACUUGCCCUUUACAAGGUACCAUUCGGGCUGUGCCGCCGCAUGAUACGGGGGAUACGUCGCCGGAAUCUGGCGAAGGGGCGUCUGCCUCUACCGGCGGCGAGGCGCAGAAUCCAGUGCAAGUGCGGGUGCUGCGACGCGAGCAGACUCAGAAUCGUUGAACCAAUGUGCGCCAACGAUGAUUUCGACGUGAAAGCGGUGCAAUACUCUUCGUUUGUUCAACCUGAUAAGGAAGUCAUUGAUUUGGAGAAUGAGAUGUGGGAUAGGUUCUAUGGAACCGGUUUUUGGAGGAGCUCUUCUCGCAGGGAUUCCUCUAGCAAUGUUCUUACCACUUUUCAACCUCAAUAUGUUCGUUGAAAUUUCAAAAAGCAUGCAUCUUUGCCCAACAAUGGAGUUUAAAAAAGAAAACCAUAUUUUUGAUGAUGCAGGUGUUUAAAGAUGUGAUCUUUUCUCUCUUCUUCUUCUUCUUAUUAUUUUCUUUUUUUUAUUUUUUAAUUUUUUUUAAUUUUUUUGGGGGGAGGGGGGAAG